AGUUCAAGGUACCCGAAGAACCAUUUGCGCUUCUUAUCUUUGACGCCGCAAGUCAGUUCCGCGACGCCUUACACCCAUAUGACUAGUGAUUUACUUUGUAGUGACAAAAGCAGUCGUUAGAGUUUUGAGAAUGUAUAGAAAAUCAAUAGGCUGGGGCCUAUUGGCCCUGCUUUUCAGCAAUUUGGUGAUGACGACAGUGGCGUACCCUAACGCCCACCCUCACCCAGUCUACAGACAAAACAGGGAAGUGAGCCAACAGCAACAAGUCGCAAGCCAACCAAGAAUCGAACGAAAACUGGCUGCCAAGCCCAAUGCCAUCAAAAAGGUCGCCCUGGACGACUUGGACGACGUUCAAACAAACGAAAUAUCCGAAUCGACAUCAGUGGCGGAAGGUGGGGGAUUCUCCUGGUCGAAUUUACUAGGUACGAUACCUUCGAUUACCGGCAUGGUAAUGCAGAUGAUCUUCAAUCCUGGUGGAGCAGCGGCCACCAAUCCCAGCAAAUCCGAGGGCUUAGAUGAGGGUCCAGUUGUGCCAGCUUCUCCUUGGACCCAGUUAUUGGCUGUAGGAUUGAAAAUCCUCUCAGCUUUCUUAGGGGGUGCUGGCCAACCCCAAGGUGACGGUAUUGAUAAAGUAGAUAACGGAGGAUCGCCUUUACAGGGUGUGCUGGCGGCGGUCUUAUCUACAGUGGUGGGGAGCAGAGAUCCGCAGCAAGUGAAUAUGUUGGCAAAACAGGCCGGGGAGUUUAUUAACAUCGUCGUGAACCUUCUGGACGCUCUAAAGACAUCCUUUUCCCACCGUUCCUUCUCGGCUCACAGCACAGGACGCAAAGAUUCAGUCAGUGAAGCCGCCAUUGCCGGUAUUUCCAUGAUGAAGGGCUACGUAAGGUCCUUGAGCACUGGCCAGAGCAGUUGUAUGGCCAAGUACAUGUGCCAAGCUAACCAGGAAUGUUCUUCAGAUGUCGGACCGACGUCACUGUUCUGUCAUAUCGGAAGCUACACCGCCAGCUUCAUUCUAGAUAGAUCGUCGUCAUCGAAAGCCUUCGACAUACUGUACGAAGCAAGCAGGCGAGGCAGAUCAGGAGAUAAUUGCCAACAAGCGUAUCUGGAGUGCAACGAAGUUUAACGCGAUUCCGAUAUUUACAGACUUAAUAAUUUAAUACACGUUUUAGAAUUUCAAAUGAUCGAAGAACGGAAUCGAUAGGAUCGACCUCACAUCCAUUAUGUACGUUCUUCAAUUUCAUGAGGCGAAUCACCUAUCCGUUAGACCUUAAUUAAUUGAUUUAGAGUCAUUAUUAACACUCACACAACUGAAAAAAGGGCAUUUAAAAUAAAACUCUAAAAUUGAACAUGCAAUUUUUGAAUAUUAUUCAAAAUUAAAAGCGUUAAAAUUUAAUUUUAACGGAUCUGUGAUUCAUUAGUUUAAAUACAUAAUGUUCGUGAUGAUACAAAAAACACCAUAAUUAAAAUAUUAUUCAUUGUAAUUUAAAUAAAUUAUUUAAAGUUUGACCGAUAUAAAAGUAUUUCAUGCAUUCUUAAAUAAAAAAAACGACUGUAAUUGCUAUAUAGUUAAGUGUUUUUAACGAAAUGUAAUUUAUUUAUUUAUUUGUAAUAAAGUAUUUUGCACGAA